ACGCGCUGGCGGGCCAUGGCGGACCUCACCCUAUGCGCGUUCCUCACCAAGGUGCUGUGUGCUCACGGCGGCCGCAUGUUUCUGCAGGACCUGCGUGGCCACGUGGAGCUGUCGGAGGCGAAGCUGCGGGCGGUGCUGAGGCGCGCGGGCCCAGAGCGCUUCCUGCUGCAGGAGGUGGAGCUGCGCGACGGCCCGUGGGACCCGGAGGCCGAGGUGGCGGCGGGCUCGGGCUCGGGCUCGGGCUCAGGCGGUGGCGCCACGGCCUGCAGGGUGAUGGCCGUGUCCUCCGCGCGCCUCUGCGCCCGCUACCAGCGCGGGGAGUGCCAGGCCUGCGACCAGCUGCACUUGUGUCGCCGCCACAUGCUGGGCAAGUGCCCCCACCGCGACUGCUGGUCUACCUGCUCUCUGUCCCAUGAUAUCCACACACCUGUCAACGUCCAAGUCCUGAAAAACCAGGGCCUUUUUGGCCUCAAUGAAGCCCAGCUUCGAAUCCUGCUUUUGCAGAACGACCCCUGCCUUUUCCCAGAGGUCUGUUUGAUGUACAACAAAGGUGGUGAUGUCCUUUAUGGCUACUGCAACCUCAAGGAUAAGUGCAACAAGUUCCACGUAUGCAGAUCCUUUGUGCGGGGUGAAUGCACUUUUCAGAACUGCAAACGCUCCCAUCAGCUCAUUCACGCUGCCACCCUGAAGUUGCUAGAGGACCAAGAACUUAGUGUUUCAAGUGUGGUGAAUUUCCAGAUAAUCUCUACCUACAGACACAAGAAGUUGCACAAGAUGCUUGAAGAGAAAGACAACUUGACUUCUACUGAGCAAUCACAAGGCCUUGGGAAACAAGGAACCCCCGGGGCCGGGGCUGUGGAGGCCAGGCCUUUCUUCCCUGCCCGUGCUCAAUCGCCCUGGAAGCCCCAGUAAACCUUAAUGAGGAAGCAAGAAGCAGCUUGUGCAUCUUGGAGGAUCAGAAGGAAGAUUUCUGCUGAGAUGGAGUUUUUAGCUGGUCUUUCUUUCCCUCACUUAGUAUCAUUGGCAACUCCAAUACCUACCUCACAGAUGAUUGGCAGAAACGAAAAUAUACUUGCGACUGACGUUGGACCUGGAGUUGGCGAAGAGAGGGUAAAAUUCUGAGCACGCAGUCCAGGGUGAAUCCUGAAGCUGUAGCCUCCCUCUGCAGCUCCUGAACGCCUUCGAACCUCUGGAUGGAGGACAGGUUUCUGCUGCCUUCUGGGUCCAGCUGGUGUUUUCUAGACUCCAUUUAUACAGCUUACAUUACAGACAUCACAGUUUGUGUGCUCUGUCAUUAUUUGUUACUUGGGUUUAUACAUAAUCCCUUUUUGCACAGAAUUAUUAAUACAGUUUAGUCACGUCUCUUAUUCUGGAAUAUUUCAUACUCUGACAAUGUUUGAAUAUCUCAUUUUGUAUCUGUGCAGUAUUGGGUUUAAAAGCCAGUUUGUACUUUUGCCUGGCUUGUAGGUGCUAAACAAUACUGUCUUCUGAUACACAUUUCCUUAACCAUCUGUGUAGAUAACCUCUGUCCUUGCUUGCUAUUGGGUCUUGCUUGAUUUUGUGAAUUUCCUGUGUUGCAUUUUGUGGCUCGUGCCCUCUGUGCUGUUGUCAAUACCGCGUUUGUAAUAUUCAAGUUUCUGGGUCCAUCCUCAGCCAGUAUCCCAGCUAAUACUCUUUGGGCUCUGCCCAGAGGUUUCUACCUCACCCCACCCCUCUCAUCUUCUGUCGAGCCUAUUAGAGCUCAGCUGCUCUAUCUUGAAGGAUGUGUAAUUCGUUCCUUCCAGUUGUAUCUCCCCCGAAUGGAUGGAGACAGGCCAUCAGGAAUCUAUAUAUAUCUUACCCGUUUCGUGGUCUCUCCCUACUUCCUCCCCCGCUCAGCCCCUCGGUCUCCACUCAUCCUGGUGUUUUCAGUGUGUGCUUUGGAGACAUUUGUUGUGGUCAUGUUCCCCGAUGUCACUUUGUAAAAAAAGAUUUGUGUUUCUUACCAUGACAUGACAUUUGAGAAGUAGUAGCAAUUCAGUAAGUUUUCAUAAAGCCGAACUUCCUUUAUUUGGAGAAACUUUUAUCAUGAUGCCUAGGGAUCGAAAGAGAAGAGGGAUGUAAAAGUGUCCUUUCCAAAUGAAAAACCAGUUUCCUGGACAGUAAGCUUGCUGACUUACUGUUUUUCACUUCGGCGGUCGGUGACAGUAUUUCUGAAAUUGUGUUUUACAUUCUUUUCUUCCUUUUUAAAUUUCUAGCUGUGAUUUUCUCUCUCUCUCUCUCUCUCUCUCUCUCUCU